AGUGCUGGACCGACAAUGCAGAGCACAACUUCCACUUCGAGCGGCUCCUGCUCCAGACCUUCGGAGGGUUCCGCCCUGAACUCCGGCGGUAGUGCCGAGAACGUCGCCCGCGAGGGCGGCGGCAGUGGGGAGGACAGCGUCGGGAUCGGGGACGAGAACCCUUCAGGCAGCAGCGCUGCCACCAACGGACACGACUCCAAGCACAAUGGGUUCGUUGUCAAUAACAACGGCAGCAGUAGUCGCAUUGUCGACGGUGAAAACAAUAGGGAAAAUACCAGCUACAGCGGCGUCCAGCUCGACAAGUCCAACCAGGAGAUCAUCCGACUAAUCGGACAGUAUCUGCACGACGUGGGCCUCGACAAGUCGGUCCAGACGCUCAUGGUUGAGUCUGGGUGCUACUUGGAACACCCCUCGGCCACCAAGUUUAGGGAACAUGUCCUAAUGGGCGACUGGUCUAAGGCAGAUUCAGAUCUAAAGGACUUAGAGCCAUUAAUCGAUAAUGGAAAAUUAGCAACGAUCACCGAAAUGAAGUUCAUAUUGCUGGAACAAAAGUAUUUAGAGCAUUUGGAUGACGGCAAUCCCUUAGACGCCCUGCACGUCCUUCGCAGCGAGCUGACGCCGCUGCAGCACAAUAUAUCGCGCGUGCACCAGCUGUCCUCGUACAUGAUGUGUUCCACCAACCAAGACCUGUACCAGCGCGCCAAGUGGGAGGGCAAGGGCAUCCUCUCUCGGGCCCUGGUCAUGGAGCGCCUGCACACAUUUAUGCCACCGUCGGUGAUGAUGUCUCCGCGGCGUCUGCGCACUCUGCUGCAGCAGGCUGUAGAGCUGCAGAGCCAACACUGCCCCUGUCACGACAUGGCGUGGGAGACGAAUCUGGAGACGGUCUCGCUGCUCACCGACCAUUGCUGCACUACGGAUGGCUUUCCCAUGCAGACCAUCCAGAUCUUAACCGACCACUGCGACGAGGUCUGGUUCUGCAAGUUCUCGCCCGACGGCCUCAAGCUGGCCACGGGUAGCAAGGACUCGACUGUGAUUAUAUGGGAUGUUGACCCGUACAAGUUGACUCUUAAGCACCGGCGCGUCCUCGACGGCCAGGCCCAGCUUAGCGUGAGCUUCGUCAGCUGGAGUCCUGACUCCAAGCUCAUCCUCGUCGGAGGCACCGAGGACUCGCAUGAACUUUAUAUCUGGAAUGUGGACGACGGCAAGCUAGUGGUUAAGUUCUCACAGUCACUAGAGGACAGCUUGGCCUGCGGAGCUUUCAGCCGCGAUGGCGCUCGCUUCGUCUGCGGUGGUCAAAAGGGUCAGCUUUACUUGUGCGACCUCAACGGCACAAUCGUCGACUCUUGGGAGGGAGUUCGCGUCAACAGCAUAGCCUUUCGGGCAGACAACAAAACAAUCUUAGCGGCCGAUAAUCACUACCGUAUCAGAGGGUACAACUUUGAUAGCCCGCGCUCAGACUUUGAUAUUUUGAGGGAGCCGCAUCCCAUUAUGACCUUCAGCAUCAACUCCGCCGACCGCCUGGCUCUGCUUAACGUCUCCAACCAAGGCCUUCAUCUCUGGGACAUCGAGGACAAGUGUCUGGUGCGUCGUUUUCAGGGAAUUCGGCAGAGCAACUUCGCAAUUCACUCCUGCUUCGGAGGCGUUAACGAGAGUUUUGUGGCGAGCGGCAGCGAGGACAAGGUCGUUUAUAUUUGGCACAUCAAGCGCGAGGAGCCGUUGGCCAAGCUGGCCGGGCACACCAAGACGGUGAACUGCGUGUCCUGGAACCCCGUGUACCCGUCCCUGCUGGCCAGCGCCAGUGAUGACGCUACCGUGAGAAUCUGGGGUCCCAAGCCCAACGGCAGUAGUGCUACGACUGAGAGCGACGAUUGCUCUUCUAGCUCGUCUUCGUCCUCCUGGAAUAUGACUUAAGAUCGCGUGCCGCAGCAAAUAAGUGUUCGUGGGGAAGAUAUUGGAUGCUGAUUUAGUUCUAGUGCGCCCUAAUUUCGAUAUAUAUGCAGAAUGCGUCCUGCUCUGAUUGCGCGUCGGUGUCGUCGUUGCUACAAACUGCCAUUACAACAAUAUGUAUGAGCAGCAUGACUUACGAUUAGCAUUAAUUACUUAAGUACAUUCAUACGAAAGGAGAGGCAUAACAUCAUAUCUACUAUGCUAUCACAAGAAAUCGAUUCGUUCUCAGAUUUCUUUUCAUGUAUGGCAAUGCUAAAAAAUAUUUUUUGUCUUUUAUAGCGAUACUUCUCGACCUUUUUGUGUUUAUCAACAGCGAAAUCGACCUGAUUGAUUUUAAAAUUAUUGCCAUUUGAUUUGUUCUAUGCAGUUUCCAACAUUUAGUAUGUAACACGAUUUGACGUAUUUCAUAACCAACAGACAAAAUAAAAAUAGUUCUAUAUAUGUUUUUAAAUUGUCGAUGUUUUCCUUUCGCUUAUCAUGGGUCUUAAGCAAUUAAUAAAAUUUGAGUGACAAUUGUGAAAGCUUUUUAA